AUGACACCCCGCCUUAUAAGGAUCUCUCUUUGUCUCUAUUCUCCUCUCUCCCUGUUUCUCUCCUUGUCUCUAUUCUUCUCUCUCCCCGUUUCUCUCUUUGUUUCUAUUCUUCUCUCUUCCCGUUUCUCUCUUUGUUUCUAUUCUUCUCUCUUCCCGUUUCUCUCUUUUUUCAUUUCUUCCUCUUUCUCCCGUUUCUCUCUUUUCUUUUCUAUUCUUCUCUUGUUUCUAUUCUUCUCUCUUUGUCUCUCUUUGUUUCUAUUCUUCUCUCUUCCCGUUUCUCUCUUUGUUUCUAUUCUUCUCUCUUCCCGUUUCUCUCUUUGUUUCUAUACUUCUCUCUUCCCGUUUCUCUCUUUGUUUCUAUACUUCUCUCUCUAUCUAUAUAGUUCUCUCCUUGGCUCUCUGUUCAUCUCUAUAUUCUUUCUUUUUCUCUCUCUUUGUCUCUAUAGUUCUUUCUUUUUCUCUCUCUUUGUCUCUAUAGUUCUUUCUUUUUCUCUCUUUGUCUCUAUAGUUCUUUUUUUUCUCUCUCUUUGUCUCUAUAGUUCUUUCUUUUUCUCUCUCUUUGUCUCUAUAGUUCACUAUAUUUUUCUCCGUGGCUUUGUAUUCGACGUUUUUUUUCUCCCUCCCUCUCUCCAUAUCUUUGAAUAA